AGUACAUCCAGAAACAGGAUACUUUGUAACCCUUAGGCUAUAAAGGUAUUACAUGUAUUACUCGUUUUAGCAGUAAUUGUCUUUGACUCACUAAUUCUUGCUAAAUCCUUCUCUUUAAACCUGUCCCUUAUACAAACUUGCCCCUCUCUAGAAAGGAUGUGUUUCAGGUGUGUUGGUGGUGUAUUGGCGAUAUGGAAACAAAUAAGGAUGCUGUUGAGGGUGAAGCCAAUUUGUAUAAUUCUAACGGGAACGAUAUGCAUGAAAAUGACAAUAUCAACGAGCAAAGCUCAACUCCCGCCUUGGAUAAUGAGGAGAGAGCCGACCAAACAGAAAUCAAUCCGACAUCUAGUUCGAGGUCACAUCCAUCUUCAUCUCUACCCACAUCUCCACAGACCCACAGUCCUGCCUCAAGAUGCUUCAUCUGUCUUAAGCCAACUGAGGAGGACAGCAAGCUCAAGACUUACAGCGAAACUGUAUGGGCCACAAUGAAGAAAUGCGCAUCUCAACGCCAGGCUCUGCAUGCUGACCAAUAUGCAGAUGUAACACGAAGAGUUAUGAGUGUGACAGCACCAGAUACCCUACAGUAUCAUCCAGCAUGUCGGAAGACAUACACGGCAGUGAAGCGGCCACGGCCAGGCGACACCUCAACAGAAUGUCCUGGUACAUCAGCCUCCCCCAGCAAUGAUGCCACCCCUCCGAUGAAGAAACGACGAAUGGAAACAAGAAGCGACAGUAGUAUCCCAAAGUACGAUGAGAAGGGGAUGCUAGCAGGAUCAUGCCUGUUUUGUGGGAAGAGAAGAAAGAAGAAACGCGGCAAGGAAGAAACAUUACUCAAUAUAGCUACACUGAAUAUGGCGAAUUCAAUAGCAGAUAGGGCCAAUCGUUCAAAAAACGACAGAAUCAAGGCAUUGGUCCGCAGUGGGGUGCCACUCAUUGCCAAGGAAUCAGUCUAUCACAAGACAUGCUACAGUCUGUUCCUGGUUGAGACUGAUGUAAAAGCCGAGUCAGAGCCAAAGGAAUCUGCAUAUCACAAGAAGGCAUUCACUUCACUCCGUCAGUACAUAAAAACCGAAGUGUUAGAGAAUAGGCAACCGGUAUUUGUCUCCUUGCUACUUGAUAUCUAUCGAACAUAUUUCAUUGAAGUUGGUGGCGACCCUGGAAGGAUUAAUUCCUACUCAGCCCAAUCUCUCCAACGCAAGCUUAAGGAACACUUUGGUGAUGACAUCACAGUGAAGCUGGCAAAUUCGCGUCUAGGCAAUUACAUCUACAGCUCUGCUUUGACUGAGGAGGAAGCGUUUGCAGGCCUACAUAGUGAAGAACAUGAAGAAAAUGAGAAGAUCAAGUGGGUCGCUCGUCAUCUCCGUAAACAGAUCCUACAACUCCCAAAAUCCAAGACUCCCAAUCCAGCAAAUGUCCAGAAUCUGAAGGAAUCUGCUGCCAACAUCCCAGAACAACUGGAUCUCUUUUUCAAGACGUUGUUGGGCUCAUCUGCACCAAAGGCCGGAUCAUUAAGUGAGAUGACCAAGAGGAAAGCGAAUUCAAUGGCGUCAGACGCAGUUUUCAAUGUCUCUCGAGGAUCAAUAAAGCCGUGGAAGCACACGGCGCUUGGUCUCGGAUUAGCAUCCAUGACAGGCUCCAAGACAUCACUUGAAAUCCUCAAUAGGACUGGCCAUUCGAUCAGCUACAGUGAAGCAAAAUGCUUGGAAACUGAGUUUGCGUAUGCGGUACAGAAAGAACAUGGAGAUGUUCCAGAUGGCAUUAAACUUGCCCCUGAUUUAGGAACAGCAUCAGUCUGGGACAAUAAUGAUGCCAAUAUAGAAACCUUGGACGGAAAAGAUACAUUCCAUGCAACCGUCGGGCAUACCUACCAGAACGUGCCAGAACACCCCCAGCAGUCAAGUGCUUCGGCCUCAGAAUUCAGGGAGGGACGGAAUCGAAGGAGUUUCCAGGGAUACGAGCGGGAAAUUCCAGCAUUUCACCGUUCCUUAAACAAGGUGACAUUUCCAAGGGAGAAAGAUGCCACUACCACCCAACGAGACGAUAAGACCACCCUCCAGCUUCUUGACCUCUACUGGUUCUGGAUGAUUCGAGAAGAUUCUAAAAAUUUACCGAUGCAUGCAGGAUUUAUGAGCCAGUUCGUCAAAGAUCCCCUGCCUGUCCACACCAUCUGCUACAUGGACCCAAUAUCCAGUUCCCCUACUAAUAAUGACGUUGUUCGAGAAACAAUGAUCCGGACCCUGAACGUGGCAAAGGAAGCUGGGCAGGAGUAUGCAGUUGUUACAUACGACCUCGCCGUCGCGAAGAAGGCAUACGCGAUUCAAGAAGUGGAACGCCCUCUAUUCGACGAACUCUUCAUACUUCUUGGAAACUUCCAUGUAGAAUUAGCUUUCUACGGAGCCCUUGGUACCCUGAUCAGCGACAGUGGAAUCGAGUUCGUCUUGUCGGAGGCAGAUGUACUGGCAGAAGGUUCCGUGCAAGGCUUCAUCAAAGGGAAAUUUUAUAAUAGGUGUACCCGGGUGCAUGAUAUGCUGGUCACUGUCCUGGAACUGAAGCUGUAUCAACGAUUCCUAGACACCAUUCCACAAGAAGAUGCUGACAACUACCACCAACGAGCCACAUCUGUGUGA